CAUGGUGUGUCCAGUGCGUAGUGACAAGUAUGUCAAAGUGAAUGUAAUUAGUUUCUCGACUCUUCAAGGACAGUUCAUAUUAUCUGUCGUGUAAAGGUGAAAAAUUAGAAUCAAUCGGUGGAUAUGACGUUGAUUAAUUGUUAUGAGUAGUCCCCAGCUGCAGUAGAUAUCUCGACUAAGGCUUGGCUUAGAAAGUGAAAAAGAGAUUCAGCAAGCUGCAGGAAGAUCACUUUUUCACAUGAUUCAAUAGCCAUCACUAACAGCUGUCGGAAGUCCAUUGAAAAACAAGCUCUGUUUUAUCUUGUAAUGAACAGGGAAUUUUCUAGUCCUAGUUCUGUUGUACUCCUGCCUGGGUGUUUUUACAAUAAUUUUCAGAUGAAGUGUUUUAUUUUUAGUCAACCGUUAUAAUGUCGUUUAUGUCCACCCUCGCAUAUAGUUUUUUUAGAAGCGGUCACUCAAUCAUUUAUGAUCAACAAUCGUCUGGAUCUUGUAUCAUAAGUACAACGUCGUACACUACUAGCAAUUUUUUUUAUGAUUCAGGAAAUUUGGACCACAUUUGUUAACCACACACCAUUAUUAAUGAGAGUACGAAUGACCAUCACAAGGUAGAUGAUAAGAAGAAACAGUUAAAAAAGUUGUUGGAUAGACGGAUGAAAAGAAAGAGUGUAGAAGGAAUGAGUCUCAAUGACGGGACGGCCUAGUUUGGCAUCUCGGGUGGUUGAAUCUUUAUCAGCGAUAUUCUUUUCGAGUCCCGAGUUGUCUACACGAAGCAACGAGCACACCGACGAGGGGUUCUCCGCGGCUCUUUGCCCAGGAAGUGCUCAAGUAGAGUGUGAAGGUGAACUACAAGGCUCGGGUUCCGUUCUUGAGGUCGACUCCAAGAAGAAUGGAGAGGUUGUACCGGUAGAGGGAGGAAGCUUUCGUCAACCUAGUCUGGAGAACGACGUAGAAGUUGUAAAGGAAUAUCUCUCUGGGGUUACAAAGUGCGAGCCCUCAGGCGCCGCAUUGCGUGCGGAGUAUAAAAAGGGUUCUCCAAAACCGGCGCUGUCAACUCGCGCGCUCUUGCGGUCGGCUACUACGUGUUCCACUACACCUGGAGCGUCGAGCAGCAGUCUCGGAAGCGUUGUGGAAGCAGGAUUUCAGCGUGGAAUAAUCGGAACUAGCGGCGCUUUUCUCAACGGGAGCGCGCCUCCGGGCGGGAGUAAACAGUCAAUUGGAAGCGGCUUCUCGCUAUCGUGUCUCGGCGGCAGCCCGCGGAAAGCACGGAGGAUUUCAGGUGUUGAAAACACACCUAUCGAACACGCAAACACGCAACAGGGGAAUAGCCCUUUACGGCCUACAUCGGUCAUCAAUAGUGGGCAACUAACGAAUUGGUCGCCUACGCCUAUUAAUAUCAAUCCACCACCUACCUCCACCAGUACAAAUACGGCAGUGGUAAAGACAUCCCCAGCUCCUACCCUGCUACAGUCUUUGACCUCCGCGAACAGUACUACAGCCCGUACUUCGCAGCAGUCUCUUCAGGUAUUUCGUGCUGAAGCGGGCUCUCCUCCAGCACUAAGCUGCAGUUCCUCCUUUUCCGAGCUUGUUUCGUCGGUAGAGUCGACAACGGGCAGUGAGAUGAAGAAAUCAGGCUCCUCCGACAUCAAAAAGGAGACCAGCACCGGUAGUCUCGCCAGCGGGAGCACACAAAGUGGCUCCAAAAAAUGUCGCUGGAUACGAGACGUCUCCAAAGAAUACCGGAUUCUUGAUGAGGUAUGAUGAUAAAUUUGACUUCACCCUCUCAGAAAUCGCAAAGCUGAGUCAUUGUUUGAAAAACUACUUUGGAUUACUUACCAGUUGGAGCUGGAAAUCAUAAGCCAACAGCGCCCCUAAACACGUGAUGACCACAAGGACAAACCUCCAGUCCCUCAAUUACCACAGUUGCCUUAAACCCGUGAUUACCGCAGAUACCCUAAACGACCGCGUGUAUAAUUAGUCCACUCUCUUGGAACCGCGAAUUUCAACGUCACCAGGUUAUGCCAUCAACACACAGAGGGCAGGCAGUCCAUUUCGCUACAAGGUUACGAGACGGAUUGAAGGUAGUUGUGAAGAUCAGAGAGAAACUAGUAAGUUUCAAAGAUGCCAACGAUAUAUCGACGUGGAAAACGGCGAUGGAAAACUUGCUUAAUUGGCAGGAUUCCUUUGGAGAGCACAUAGCAGGUCACAUUAUUUUUCAGUCUAUUCACAUAGCAUUUCUUGUCAAAUACUUUACUAUUCUUCUAUUGCUGUGCCUUUUACGACCUUUUGAAUGAAUAGAAAGUAUAUAUGAUACGGUGGCGAUCGCGCGCUCUUUUCCGCGCUGCUUUUCGCGGAUUUUCGGGGUGGAAGGUGUCAAAACUGGGCGCGGGCGUCCCCUUGCGCUUCUCAGCAUGUUCCCCAGAGGCCUCAGGGCCGCUGCUGACCCUCGCAGGCUGGAGGUCUUCGGUGUAGAAGGCCGCCGAAGGCGGCCACGGUCUCAAGAGCAAGCAGGCCGAUGACCAAGGGCCCGGAGGGUACAGGCCACACGGCUCAGAGGGUCCAGCCUUGCGCCGUUUGUCGCCUUCGGAGGCCUUCCACACCCGACGCACUGCUGCGGCGGCGAAGCACAUAGGAGGCCUGUGGGGUACAUGCAGGCAGCUGGAAGGGAGCGGAGGAGGUCCCUUGGGCCCCUUUUGAAGCCUUCCACCAAAAUCGGAGGCCUCUAGGGAACACUACAUGCAGGCAGCUGGAAGGGAGCGGAGGAGGUCCCUUGGCCUCUUUUGAAGCCUUCCACCCCUGGCCGACGUCGACGGGCAUCCACGGCCCCCCCUACGCCAGGGGGGGGGCGCUCCCCUGGACCCUGGAAAAUAUGAACUAAAGGUGUCUCUGAGACUUCUUGGCUACAGGAGGGCUAGACAUGAGAUACAACGUGAUCAUGUUUGUUGGCCAUCUGAUCUGCAGGGUUUUAUCAACACGGAAAUCAGGUUUAUACGACUUGUUCGAGGAUACGACGGCGUACUAUGUCACGAUGGAGUUGGUCAAUGGUUUGGACCUCUUCGAGUUCAUCCACCAUGUAAAGAUGACAGACGACGCAACCAAGCUGUUGUUUCUGAAAAAAGUGGCCUACGAAUGCAUGCGGGUACUUCUUCUAUAAUUUGGAGGAAAGACCUUACAUUUGUACUUGUGUCUCUACGGUGACCAAGAAGGGUCAUAUCAGAGGCACUCACAUGACAUUCAGAGUUAUCAAGUAGGACGUGUUACUCGCCCAUAAUGCUCAAAUCCACCACCACUACACUUCUUCACAUCAGGCGCUUUGUGACUACGAGGCGCUUUCUCUCGUGCACAAAGAUAUCAAGCUCGAGAACGUCGUGUUGAUGGAUACGCAGAAGCGAGGGGUGCUCAAGGUACCGCAACUGAUCCACGGAUCUUCCCCCUUGGUCAUCGUUGGAUUCCACUACUGCUGUUGAGUUUCGAAGCAAUGUGCAACUAGUUGUAAGUACUAAGUGAAAAACUGACACUAUUGUGAUGAAGAAGCGAGUUGGUGAGCAUGUUUGUGGUUGUUCUAACGGCUCUCACAUCCUCAAUCUAAUCCUCGUAGGUGAUCGACUUCGAUACUGUAGAAGAGUACGGCGAGGACACUAGAGUCUACGAUGUCAUGGGUACCGAUCAGUACAUUGCGCCGGAGUCAUACUACGGCUACUACACGACUGCUAGCGACAUCUUCGCCCUUGGUAAUCUUGACUGGUUUUAAAUGGUCUUUUCAGGAAUACCUCUUGAGUAUCAGCUUGACAAAUUUAACGUUUCGCUCACGCAGUUCUACAGGAGACUCAGUAUGGAAGAAAGAACUCGAAUUUCUUCACAAUAUGUGACACAGAGCAUUAUCAACUUACUGAAUUAGCAGCUACAAUAUGUACAUACUUAAUCAUGUCUGUAGUAUUCCUCGACACAACAUCAUGAUAAAAGGUGUGAUGUUGUACAAGCUGUGCACGGGCUCUUUCCCCUUCGUAGACGAAAUUUUCGACGACGAGGCGGGACAAAAUUACGUAGGUCACCCGAAAAUGCGACAGAUUCGAGGCAAGUUGCGGCUAGCAAAAAUCGAUUUUACUACGCAUCCCUUUUUUCACUACGACAAGCAGGUGAAAGACUUCAUCAAACGGUGCCUCGUCUUUGACGUGCAUCGGAGAAUGACGGUACGACUACUUUGUACUCGAUUCAUGAUUGCAGUACUAGUUCUUGUAACGAAUUUCCAUGUAAACGGUUGCACAGUUGUUUUACAGCGCCGGAAGAAAUAGUUAGAUGCGGACAUGUCUUCGUCCUUCAAACAAUAUUCCAGACCAAGCAAGCGAUGGAGCAUCCGCUAGUGCGAAACUAUGAGGAGGAGGCGUUUCAUUUGAAAUGGACAGACUUUCGAGCGAAGAAGCACUAGAUUCUUUUUCGCUGUCGUCGCGAGGCCGGGGGAGGGCUGAUGCUCGUUAUGUUUUGCUAGCAGAUAGCUACUUACGUAUGAAGUAGAUGGCUAAAGACCUAUGUAUAUUCGAAGGUAUUUUUUAGAAAGUGAUUAUCGAUGACCAAGUUAAUCAAGUAUGGUGAUGUUUACUGUUGGUAAGUUUUUUGUAUUUAAAUUAAAUGGUUUUUGAUAAUUGGGUGUUUUGCGAUUCAAGUAUAGGCGACCUCGGAAAAAUUCCUCGAAGUUUUUUGGGUUUAAAUUUAAAGUGUUCACAUUCCUACCAGACCAUAGCAAGAUAGAAAGAACAACAAAUAAACGUGAGAAAUCGUGGGUAAUGUAGGUAUUUUUCUUAAGUUACAUUCAACAGCAAGGUGACAAUAUGAAGUGUGGUCGUGGCUCCCGACAGGGUAAAGAAAAACUGUAUAUUUGACUAUUCUGCAUCAUAAUUAUUAUCGUUUGUUCGUGAAAUUAUGCGAGUCGAGUAUCUAUUCCAAUGAAAAUUCUGCAUUGCCUUUUUUUAACACGUACCAUUCUGAUUAAUACGGCAAGGAACAAAUAAAGAAAGUCUAAGUCAUUGAGGCAACCAGCAUGAAAAUAGUGAUGGGACUAGUAAUCCUCUAUUAGAUGAGUAGUCGAACGACAUGAGUUAAUGCAGAUACAACUCUUCACUAGUAUGAAUAAACUCCUUCUGGCUAAGAUCUAAGAAAUUGUGUUGUUUAGUCCAACUUUUUUUUUUGGCGGAGCUAGCUUCCAGCGAAACGUGUUUCGCGAAGCGGUGCAGCCGUUUGCAAAGAAGACGUGAAAUGUUUUUAGUGGCCCUAUCGGUGUGUCAUUUUUUUGAUGUUGCAAUGCGUUUUUGCAGAUUUGGGUACAUCGUGUGUUUCUGUCAAUGACGUUGAAUGAAUUUUCAAGAUUCUUAUAUAACUAAUAAUGUGUGCGCGCGAACAUAAUAAUAAUAAUGAAAAGCGGCCCCUGCAGGUAAGACUCGUCUGUGCUAUGCAGCCAAAAAUGAAGAAAAUGUGAUGAAUAACUCUGAAUAUGGGAGACGAGAGAUCAAAUAGUCCAAGUUCUAAGUUUAUCUACGAGUUCCUUGUUCGCGAAGGAUCAUGUGAAGAUUUAGGUUUUUUGGCGCCAGGACAGACAUGAUGUACAGUUCCUGGCUGCCGACGGGGUGAUACACUUUGUAACACAUAGCGAUAGUCUUUUUUGGUAUAUAUUCAUAUGAGUGUUUUUUUAGGUAAGAUUUCUCGUGCAAUGGGAACCGGAGGGGAGGCAUGUGCUUCCUUAUUACUUUGUGUAAUGUAUAAAAAGAGGAGAAUUUUCACACGUCGACAUGGAUCUGCAUUCGGUCAACUACUAGCCAAGGACCUUACUACGAGGACCGUUCACCUAUGAAAUCGCCGCGGACUUUGCUACUCGAUUGCCCAGGAAAUUGGAAAGCGGUGGAAGCUGUGGCCGUUACUGUGACGAGUCUCAAACUUACGGCGACUAGUCUCGGCGUCACUGUGGCGAGUCGCAGACUUAUUGUGACUGGUCUCCGUCCUGCUGUGAGUAGUCUCAGUUUUUAGUGUGGGCGAUUACAUUAGUUUGAAACUUACUGUGACCAGUUUCAGACUUACUGUGACUAGUUUCAAACUUUCCGCGACUAGUCUCAGGCUUACUGUGACUAGUCUCGCGCCCACUGUGACCAGUUUCACCCAAAGAACUUGCUGCGACUAGUCUCAGGCUUACUGUGACCAGUCUCGCACCCACUGCGUCUAAUCUCAAGCCUGCUGUGGCUAGUCUCUGGCUGAGUUUGUCGGGCUGUUCGAAUCUUAACACCGUCAGAACCUGGCGCCUGUGUA